GCUCACGGCGCACAGCACACGGAGCACAGCGCAGCGCAGCGUUCCUUCCUGCGCGGCUCCAGCGAAUGACUCAUCCGGAGCGCAGAUCACGUGACCCCGCCUCCUGGCUCAAUCGCCGGGGAGGAGAGGAGCCGAGCCGAGCUGCGGCAGGAAUCGCGACGACUGCGCCAGAAGUCUCGGGGGCUGAGAGAGAGAGAGUAGAGCGCGGAACGGAGCACGAGAGCAGAGGAGAGGAGAGAAGCGCCGCUCUCUAGCAGGGGAAAGAAAGGAGGAAUAAGGACCCGGCAGAGGAGAAGAAAGCCCUCCCCUGCUCCCCCCACCCCCCCGCGGGUUCGGGACGGCGAUGGAGGAGGAGGCGGCGGCGGCGGUGCGGGCGAGGGACGCGGCGGGCAACGCUUCCCUCCUGCCGCUGCCCACCCUCAGCCCCGCCGUGCCGCCCUACGUCAAGCUGGGCCUGACGGUGGCCUACACCGUCUUCUACACCCUGCUCUUCGUCUUCGUCUACGCCCAGCUCUGGCUGGUGCUGCACUACCGGCACAAGCGCUUCAGCUACCAGACGGCCUUCCUCUUCCUCUGCCUGGUGUGGGCCGCCCUGCGCGCCGUCCUCUUCUCCUUCUACUUCAGGAACUUCGUCACCGCCAACUCGCUGGGGCCCUUCACCUUCUGGCUGCUCUACUGCUUCCCCGUCUGCCUGCAGUUCUUCACCCUCAGCCUGAUGAACCUCUAUUUCGCCCAGGUUGUCUUCAAGGCCAAGUCCAAGUACGCACCAGAACUUCUUAAAUACAGAAUGCCCUUGUACCUGCUGUUCCUAAGCAUCAGCCUCCUCUUCCUCCUGGUGAACCUGACCUGUGCCCUGCUGGUGAAGAUGACGAGCGCCGAGGCAAAGACCAUCGUGCUGGUGCGGGUGGCCAUCAACGACACGCUGUUCGUGCUCUGCGCGGUCUCCCUGGCCCUCUGCCUCUACAGGAUCGCCAAGAUGUCCUUAGCCAACAUCUACCUGGAGUCCAAGGGAACAUCAGUGUUCCAGGUCACUAUCAUUGGAGCUACAGUGAUCCUGCUCUACACAUCGCGAGCCUGCUACAACCUGGUCGUCUUGGCUCUCUCCAACAUCAAGAUCAACUCCUUCGACUACGACUGGUACAACGUGUCUGACCAGGCUGACCUGAAGUCCACUCUGGGGGACGCUGGCUAUGUUGUUUUUGGGGUGAUCCUCUUCGUCUGGGAACUCCUGCCCACCUCUCUGGUGGUCUUCUUCUUCAGGGUCCGCCGGCCGAAACAGGACAGGAGCAGCACAGGAAUCCCCAGCCACGUCUUCUCCUCCAGGGGUUACUUCUUCGACAACCCGCGCCGCUACGACAGCGACGACGACCUGGCGUGGAGCAUCAUCCCGCAGAACGUUCAGGCCAGCUUGAGUGCAGACUGCUAUGACUGGGGCAGUCGGAGUAGCAGUUUCGUGGCCUAUAUUGGAACAGAGGAGCCCGAUUCGUCUGCAGCACCGGAGGAGCUGAACCCGUACUGACACCCCCUUACCCCCCCACACCCCCACACCCCCACCCCUCUCUGCACUUUUGCACACAGCCCUUCAGUCCAUAAGCUCCAGGACUUUUCUAAGACACUCUGAGAUCUCUCCCCAUCUUUCACAUUCAGACAUUUGUGUUUUUUUUUACAUUUAUUAUUGUUUUUGACGUUUUGCGUUUGUUGUCACUUGUCAUGUUUCAAAAGAGAAAAGUGAAGAAAGAGUUUUUUCCCGGACCUACAAUGUGGUGGGGAAGGGGGGUUGUAAGAUUCGUUAGUGUGUUGAGUUUCGCCAUGGCAACCUUCUAUUCCCCCAUACUCCUGUUGGGUAUCACCUCUCAUCUUCAUAAAAUAUCACAGUCUGGGUUCUUGCACUGCCAGGGGUAAGCAACCGAUCCGAUCCUGUCAAGGACCAAUCCGUCUCGGGAUUUUAUGCCAGCCUUCUGCUCUUAAAGGGAACAUCCCCUCAGAACUGAGGAAGAAUGGUCAAAAUGGUCAUUGAUUUGUAUGAAUGUAUUCGUGUUCGAGGGUAGCCCAGGGUUAAUACAAUUUAGCGUGAAACCCCACACCUAGCCCUACCCCCUGACCCCCCCCCCCCACCCCCCGCCCC